AUGAUGACCGCCGCCCCCAUUGACAUCGAGCACGAGUUGCUGCGCCCGUUCCAGCGACUUCUGCUUGCCAUCCCCAUCGACCUGAAGCGGUACGUGAUUAUGUGUCGUUUCCUCUCCAUCGUGCUCAACCUCGACGACACGGUGUUGGACGAGCAGGGCGUGCCUCACCCCGAGGUCGCAGCCCGGCCGCCGGUGGAGCUUUUACCCAAUAUCGCGUUCCCUCCCGAUAUCUGGCUCCGUGACGAUAUCAAUAUCAAAGAUGUUAAGGUGAAAACAACAAUGCUUGUGGAGAUUAACCAGUGGCUCGAGCAGGAGCUCGUGGGCACCGCCACCGACAUGAGCGAGGAACAGACGCUCCUGUACUACGAAAAGUUGUUGCAAGCCUACAACUUCUACGACAUGCCGUCGCGGCGGUCGCUGCUGAUGCUGCUUUACUCGGCGGAGCUGGUUCUCCACGAGAAAGAGCACGAAAACGACUCGGCGGCCCCCGCUGCCCAGGAAGUGACGCCGCCAGCGACGCCGUCACCAGGUAAGACGCUGCGACUGGCGCUGCAAAAGCUGCUGGCGUCGCCCAUCCACACCACCAACAACCCGAAGCGAGUGCUGGCACUUUCGCGCGAGAUCAUCAACUCCCGCAAACGCUUCCUGACCCUCCUAGGCCACCAGAGCCUGGCGCCUUCGCUGGUACCGUCGUCGUCAGCAUCACCGUCGCUGGCAGCACUGGACGCCACUGUGGUCGACGACGAUAAGCUCAAUAACUUACUUUCAAAGACUAAGAUCUACUCCAAAUUGAAGAAGAACCGCGAGCUGGCACUGCUGAUCAGCUCCACCACCCUGGGCGGGUACCUGAACCGCAACCUGGUCGCCACCACCGCCAGCGGGGCGUCGCUGCAUGGACUGCGGCGACGGCUGCUGGUACUUCUGUCGCUCGACGACCACCGGUUGGUCGCGGGGCACGCGGUGCACCUUCUGGCAGAACAGAAGCGCGAGAACCGCAAACAGAAGUUUGAAUACUAUCUCCAGCUUAUGAAGCUUUAUCAAAUUACCGAGACAAUUCUCAAGACGCUUUCGGAGACGAAGGACCCCAAGAUGAGUAAUACCAAGUUGGUGCGGUUCCUCGAAUUCUUGAAGAAGAAAGUGUUCCGUUUUGUCAUCGUCGAUAUCAGUCUGAUGAUCAUGGACUACGCUAUGGUGAAGUCGCUGAACUUGCUCUACUCGCCUUAA